UUCUCACACCCCAAACUACUGUUCCAAAUACACGGUAAAUAAAUUAACAUGUGAGUUUUUAAAAUUUUCUUAACAAAAUCAAUUUAAAUUUCUUCAUAACACUCUGUGUUUUUCGCGCACACCAAAACGUUCCCACUCAUACCACAGCUUAGUGUGGAUGUUAAGAGCCAGCCAUUUUGAAACGAGACUCGUUGGGCUCAAGCAACACUGCUUGCGCUGAGCCGUAUUUCAGGUGUCUGUUUGAAUUGUGCUCAGUUUUGUUUUUUCCCCGAAUAUCCAAAGCAUUUCUCUCACUGCACACACAAACGCCCCUCAAACCGUAUAUGUAUGCUCUCUCGCAAUCUCGCAAUCUCGCACUCGCCGACUCUCCAAGCGGUAGCGCCGUUAUUGUUCUUAUGGUGGUGGCGCGCAGCUUGCUUGACAUUGCCUUCUGAGCUCAGCUUGCUAACCGCGGCGCUCAUAAUAGUUUGUGACGCGAAGUGAGUAGUGUUAUUGUAAACGUUAACCGGAUGGACGGCUGUUGAUGAUGGCGACGGUUUGAAUAGAAAUUCAAUUUGAAAAAGGAAAACAAGUAAAAUACAAAGCGUGCAACAACAACAACAGUAUCUACAUUGAAUUAUUCAAAUUCUGCAAAUAAGAAAACAGUGUAUGUAUGUAUGUGUUGUUUUAAGUGGAUUCACGGUUGUAGAAGUUCCGCGGUUCCUAUGCGGUAAUAAACAAAAUUUCAUUGUGAAUUUAUUUUAUGGUGCAUAAAAUAGCGAAAAAGUAAAAAAAAAAAUUGAAAGAAAAUAAAAGUAUGAGUAAGAGGUGGAGAGAAGAAAAAUAAAGUCAGUGCAUAAAUAAAUGCAGUUUUUGUCCUUUUAUAAGGUUAAAUGCAGUAGUGUGUGAAAUGCAGCUGCAUGCGUCCAUCAGAAGCACCACCAACACCAGCAGUAAGUGGUAAAAAAAAACAUCAGCAACGCCGUCGCUAGAGAAUUUUGCUGCUUUUUAUCCAGCGCGUUGGAAUUUAAUUGAAAUUGAUUUCAUCCGGUUAAACGAAUUUUGUAAAUUUUGCAUUUAGAAAAGAAAAACAACGAAAAUCGGCUACAAAAAAAAGGAACAUCAAACGAAAAUUAUUGAAAAACACGAUAAUUAAUCUAUAGUGUGCGAAAACGGAAAACGUGAAAGAGUGUCUGAAAUAAAAUGUAUAAAACCAAUUUUUAUGUGCAUUUUUGCAUGAAAGCAAAGAAAAGGAAAAUUUGAAGGCAUCAAGGCGAAGUGAAUUAAAAACAUCGAAGAAGCAACGCAACUACUUUCAAAUUGGAAAUUUUGCAUAUUGAAAAGUUAAUUUAUGAUACAUUAAAAAAUAAUUUUUAUGCCGUUGGAAAAAUUGUUUAGUGUUAGAACAGAAAUAUACGACUUUUUUUCAGUAGUAAAACUAAAACUGUGUGCAAAUAGCGGUUUAUGUGUAAAAAAGAUAAUAAAAAAAUGACGUUCUAAUAUUAAAAACAUAAUGUGUAUAAAUCAAAGCUCACUUUGUUUAAUUGUUCGCAUUCUAAAGCUUGCAUUAAAUAUAAAAUAUUAUAUAUAACUCACUAUUAAUUGGCAGUAAAAACGAAAUUUGACAAAUCAUUUAAAAAACGAACGAAUUAAAAUCCUCGAAACAUCAAGUCUGAUUAAAACAUAAUUACUAAUUGAAAAAAUAUGGUACAUCAAAAUAUGUGUUUUAUGUAAAUUAAAAAAAUUGUUAUUCUGAAAGAAAUUAUAUUUUUUUACAUUUAUCAACGAGUGCUUGCUUAACGCGUACGAAAAGAGUCUUACAUUUCCAUUGCAACGCCAGCGCAUUAACGCAUGCGCUUAGGUGUUGUUAAUAAAAUUGUGCUUUUACAUAUAAAUUGUUUAAAAAUUACAUACAAUUAUUUAACGACGAAGGAAUAUAAAACUGGAUUAUCAAAAUGUGGCUGUUGAUCAACAACAACACAUUUCCUAAAUCGGAUAUAUUUUGGAUAAAAUUACUAACAUCUUUGCUGCUUAUAUGUGGAUUUAUUGGUAGCGGUAAAGCGGCGGGCUCCUCGUGUCUCUCAGUGGGUUGUAAAAAUGGCGGCACUUGUAUUACACAAAGCAAUGGACUCUCCUUUUGCAAUUGCAGUUCACGUUAUGUCGGCGAAUAUUGCGAACAUUUGAAUCCCUGCUUUACCGGCCUGCUGCGUUGUCAAAAUGGCGGUACCUGUCAACCAUCGUGGCGUAAUGAUCGUCUCGGCAUUUCGUGUAUGUGUCCGCUUGGUUUUACCGAAUCAUUAUGCGAGAUACGUGUACCGAAUGCAUGUGAUUCGUCGCCAUGUCGAAAUGGCGGUUCUUGUAAUUUGAAAACAUUGGAAGAAUACACAUGUUCUUGUAUGAACGGUUAUACCGGAGACCACUGCGAAACUCAAAAUCUCUGCGCAACAGCGCCGUGUCACAAUGGCGGCACCUGUACCUCGGUAGCUGGCGGUAAUAGUUUCAAGUGCAUUUGUCCGAAGGGCUUUAAGGGCCAAACUUGCGCCGAAGACGUGAUCGAGUGCGAGGCGAACCCUUGCAAACAUGGCGGUACCUGCAAGAAUACACAUGGCUCUUAUCAAUGCAUGUGUCCCGGCGGCUACACCGGCAAAAAUUGCGAAUCCAAAUACAUUCCGUGUGCACCGUCACCUUGUCAGAACGGCGGCACAUGUCGUCAAUCGAGUGGUCUAAUGUACGAGUGUAAAUGCCCACCUGGCUUUCGUGGUAAACAUUGUGAUGAAAAUAUCGAUGACUGUCCCGGAAAUUUGUGUCAGAAUGGUGGCACCUGUAUAGACGGUAUUAAUACAUAUCGUUGUACAUGCCCACCCAAUUUCACUGGCGAACUCUGCGAAGAAGACGUGGAUGAGUGCGCUAUGCGCCCAUCGGUAUGUCAAAAUGGCGCCACAUGCACGAACACACACGGCAAUUAUUCUUGCAUCUGCGUAAAUGGUUGGGAGGGUCGUGAUUGCAGCGAUAAUGUCGAUGAUUGCGUUGCAGCGGCGUGUUUCUACGGCGCCACCUGCAUAGAUGGUGUGGGCUCAUUCUACUGCCGCUGUACGCCAGGAAAGACUGGUCUACUGUGUCAUUUAGAUGAUGCUUGCACUUCGAAUCCAUGUCAUAAGGAUGCUAUAUGCGAUACGAGUCCCAUAAAUGGUUCUUACACUUGCUCUUGCGCCACCGGCUAUAAGGGUAUGGACUGCUCGGAGGAUAUCGAUGAAUGUGAUCAGGGCUCGCCGUGUGAACAUAAUGGUAUCUGUGUGAAUACGCCGGGCUCGUUUAGAUGCAAUUGCUCACAGGGCUUUACCGGACCACGUUGUGAGACGAAUAUCAACGAAUGUGAAUCACAUCCUUGCCAGAACGAGGGUAGUUGCUUGGAUGAUCCUGGCACCUUCCGUUGUGUCUGCAUGCCCGGUUUCGCUGGCACACAGUGCGAAAUUGAUAUUGAUGAGUGCCAAUCAAAUCCCUGCUUGAACGGUGCCACCUGCCACGACAUGAUUAAUGGGUUUAAAUGUUCCUGUGCGCUUGGUUUUGCCGGUACACGUUGUCAGAUAAACAUAGAUGAUUGCCAAUCGCAGCCUUGUCGAAAUAAUGGCAUAUGUCACGACUCCAUCGCAGGUUAUACGUGUGAGUGUCCGCCUGGUUAUACGGGCGCGUCUUGUGAAAUUAACAUCAACGAUUGCGACUCGAAUCCCUGUCAUCGCGGUAAAUGUAUUGAUGGCGAUAACUCCUUCAAGUGUGUCUGUGAUCCGGGGUUCACCGGCUACCUCUGUCAGACGCAAAUCAACGAAUGCGAGUCCAAUCCGUGUCAGUUUGGUGGCCAUUGCAUCGAUCGAGUCGGCUCGUACCUCUGUAAGUGUCUGCCCGGCACCUCGGGUAAGAACUGUGAAAUAAACGUGAAUGAGUGUCACAGCAAUCCGUGUAAUAAUGGCGCCACCUGCAUUGACGGCAUCAAUAAGUACACUUGUGAAUGUGUGCCCGGUUUCACUGGUCUACAUUGUGAGAUCAACAUCAAUGAGUGCGCAUCGAACCCAUGCGCUAACAACGGCGUCUGCAUGGAUAUGGUAAACGGCUAUAAGUGCGAAUGUCCACGUGGUUUCUACGAUGCGCGCUGUCUGAGUGAUGUGGACGAAUGUGCGUCCAAUCCGUGCAUCAACGGUGGCCGUUGUGAGGACGGUAUUAACGAGUUCAUCUGUCACUGUCCGCCAGGCUAUGGUGGCAAGCGCUGCGAGAUUGAUAUAGACGAGUGUAGCUCGAACCCAUGCCAACAUGGCGGCAUCUGCAUUGACCAGCUUAACUCCUUCCAGUGCCAGUGCAUGCCUGGUUACACGGGCUACCGUUGCGAAACCAACAUUGACGAUUGUAUCAUGAAUCCGUGUGUGAAUGGCGGUUCUUGCAUUGAUCUGGUGAACGGCUACAAGUGUGUCUGCAAAGUGCCUUUUACAGGCAGAGAUUGUGAGUCAAAAAUGGAUCCUUGUUCGACACACCGCUGCCGCAAUGACGCCAAGUGCACGCCCUCACCCAACUUCCUGGACUUCUCCUGCACCUGUAAACUUGGCUACACGGGGCGUUAUUGUGAUGAGGAUAUCGACGAAUGCGCGCUCUCAUCGCCCUGUCGUAAUGGCGCGACUUGUCUCAACGUGCCCGGCACCUACAAGUGUCUCUGCGCCAAGGGCUACGAGGGUCGUGACUGCGCAAUCAACACGGACGACUGUGCAUCCUUCCCUUGCCAGAACGGUGGCACGUGUCUGGAUGGCAUCGGCGACUAUACGUGUCUCUGUGUAGACGGUUUCGAUGGGAAACAUUGUGAAACGGAUAUCAAUGAGUGUUUGAGUUUGCCGUGUCAGAAUGGCGCUACAUGCCGGCAGUAUGUCAAUUCCUAUACGUGUACAUGUCCACUCGGAUUCUCCGGCAUCAACUGUCAGAAGAACGACGAAGAUUGUACGGAGAGCUCCUGCAUGAACGGCGGUACUUGCAUCGACGGCAUCAACAGCUACAACUGCUCCUGUCUGCCCGCCUUUACGGGCUCCAACUGUCAGUAUAAGAUCAAUAAAUGCGACUCACAGCCUUGUCAGAACGGCGCCACAUGUCACGAAAGUGGCGAUGAGUACACAUGUCACUGCCCUCAUGGCUACACCGGCAAACAGUGUACGGAAUAUGUGGACUGGUGUUCGCAGUCGCCAUGUGAGAAUGGUGCCACCUGUUCACAGAUCAAGAAUCAAUAUAAUUGCAAGUGCGACGCUGGUUGGACGGGCAAGUUAUGCGAUGUGGAGAUGGUUUCCUGCGAGGUGGCUGCUAUGCGUAAAAAAGUCGGCCUGAAACAACUCUGCAACAACGGAACCUGCAAAGAGAUGGGCAAUAUGCACUUGUGUCUGUGCAAACAGGGCUACACGGGCAGUUAUUGUCAGACGGAUAUCAACGAGUGUGAGUCGCAGCCUUGUCAAAAUGGCGGUACCUGCUUGGACCGCGUUGGCGAGUACAAGUGUAUGUGUCCCAAGGGUUUCCAGGGACAGAAUUGUGAACUGAACAUCGAUGAUUGCUCGCCCAAUCCUUGCCAGAAUGGCGGUACCUGCCAUGACUUGGUGCAAUCUUUCAGCUGCUCCUGCCCACCCGGCACCUUGGGUAUUAUCUGCGAGAUUAAUCAGGAGGAUUGUGUGCCCGGCGCCUGCCACAACAAUGGUUCUUGCAUUGAUCGUGUAGGAGGCUUUGAAUGUGCUUGCCCAGCCGGUUUCGUGGGUUCACGUUGUGAGGGUGACAUUAACGAGUGCCUCUCUAAUCCUUGCUCGAAUGCUGGCACGCUUGACUGUGUGCAACUAGUGAACGACUUCCACUGCAACUGCAAACCGGGGUAUAUGGGACGACAUUGUGAAAUUAAAGUAGACUUUUGCGCCAACUCGCCAUGUCAAAAUGGGGGCAUCUGUUCGACGAAGCAGUCGGGCCAUCAUUGUGUCUGCCAGGUGGGCUUCUACGGCAAGAAUUGUGAGUUUUCUGGCAACGAUUGUGAUUCAAAUCCCUGUCAAGCGGGCAACUGCGUGGUGGAUAUGAUGCGCGGCUAUCGUUGUGAGUGUCCACCGGGCACGGAGGGUAUGCAGUGCGAGAUCGAUAUCUUGGAUGAGUGUGCCUCGAAUCCCUGUCUGCAAGGCGCUGCUUGUGAGAACCUUCUCGGCGAUUUUGUCUGCUUCUGCCCCAGUAAAUGGCCUGGUAAGCGUUGUGAGAUCUAUGAUGCCAACUAUCCCGGCUGGACUUCGGACAGUAGUCGUGCUCCGCUUAACAAAUACUCUAAAGACUUGGAAUAUCAACGCGAAAUGUGCAUCAAACGUGGCUGCGAACAGAAAAAGGGUAAUCAUAAGUGCGAUCAGGAGUGUAACACCUACGCCUGCAACUUCGAUGGCAACGACUGUUCGCUGGGCAUCAAUCCAUGGGUCAACUGCAGCGCCACGAUCGAGUGCUGGCGUGUCUUCAUGGACGGCCACUGCAAUGAGGAAUGUAAUAAUGCCGCUUGUCUAUUUGACGGACGAGAUUGCGCUAAGAAACUGCAGCCCUGUAAUCCGACAUAUGAAGCCUAUUGUCAAAAACACUACGCUGACGGUCAUUGUGAUUAUGGCUGCAAUAAUGCCGAAUGCAACUGGGAUGGUUUAGAUUGUGAGAAUAAUCUGGAGCAACCCAAUUUAGCGGACGGCGCCAUCUCUGUUGUUAUGCUGAUGGACAUCAAGACUUUCCGUGAGAAGCAAGUGGAGUUCUUGCGCGAGAUGGGACAUAUGCUCCGCACGACUGUACGCAUCAAAAAGGAUUCAAUGGGCAAUGAUAUGAUAUUCUCUUGGAAGGGUACUUCACACCUGACUGAACUGGAAAACUCUGAGUUUGGUCGUAAGCAUCGUAUACUCUCAAGUGAGCGUAACGACCAAACGGGCAUACAGAUCUAUUUGGAGAUCGACAAUCGCAAGUGCAUUGAUUGCUUUAACCGCGCUGCCGAAGCUGCUGAGUUCUUGGCGGCCUCCGCAGCCAAAUAUACGCUCUCACCAAAGUUCCAGAUCUACAGCGUACGUGGUGUACAAAACCCAGGCGAAGAUGUGGAGGAGCGACCCAGCAACGUGAAGUAUGUACUCAUCGGCAUCAGUAUUGUGGUGUUCGCCUUCCUCGGUGUGCUCGUUACCACGCAACGUAAGCGCGCACAUGGCAUCACCUGGUUCCCGGAGAACUUCCGCACGACCACCUCUACAGCGGUGAACCAUCAACGCCGGCGACGCGACGCCGGUCAGGAGAUGCGCAAUUUGAAUAAGAAUCCUUCGAUCGCCUGCAUGAGCAAUGAUGUGAACAUGAAUUCCGGUCACAUGGGCCAUGCACCACAAUGGUCGGAUGACGAAUCUGAAUUGCCACCACAGAAACGUAUGCGCAACGAACACGGCGGUUAUGCUAGUGAUCACACAAUGGUCACCGAUUACGAGGAAGCGGAUCCACGCGUCUGGUCUCAGGCACAUCUCGAAGUCGCUGACGUGCGCUCCUCAAUUAUGACACCACCGGCCCACCAGGAUGGCAAGCACGACGUGGAUGUACGUGGUCCCUGCGGUAUGACGCCACUCAUGGUUGCUGCUGUGCGCGGUGGCGGCUUGGAUUCAGGCGAGGAUAUUGAAAACUCUGAUGAUCAAACUGCACAGGUAAUUUCCGACUUAUUGGCACAAGGCGCUGAGCUGAACGCUACCAUGGACAAGACAGGUGAAACAUCCCUGCAUUUGGCUGCGCGUUAUGCGCGCGCUGACGCUGCUAAACGUUUACUCGAUGCGGGUGCUGAUGCCAAUUGCCAAGAUAACACCGGCCGUACACCGCUACACGCAGCCGUCGCUGCCGAUGCGAUGGGCGUUUUCCAAAUACUGCUACGCAAUCGCGCUACCAACUUGAACUCGCGCAUGCACGAUGGUACCACACCACUCAUACUUGCCGCACGUCUGGCCAUCGAGGGAAUGGUCGAAGAUUUGAUCACUGCCGAUGCUGAUAUUAAUGCAGCCGACAAUUCUGGUAAGACUGCACUGCACUGGGCAGCCGCUGUCAACAACACGGAAGCUGUGAAUAUACUGCUCAUGCAUCAUGCCAACCGCGACGCACAAGAUGACAAAGACGAAACACCGCUUUUCCUCGCAGCACGUGAGGGCUCGUAUGAGGCCUGCAAAGCGUUGCUGGAUAACUUUGCCAAUCGUGAGAUUACCGAUCACAUGGAUCGUCUGCCACGUGAUGUCGCCUCAGAGCGUUUACACCAUGACAUCGUCAUAUUGCUGGACGAACAUGUGCCGCGCUCACCACAAAUGAUGGCCAUGACCCCACAGACUAUGAUCAGUUCACCGCCACCUGGCAACCAGGGGCAAGUCAUUGCACAGCCCACCGUUAUUUCAUCAUCAAAACAGCCAGCACCGACAACAAAGUCAAAAGCGGCGAAAAAGGCAAAGCUAUUGGAGGGCAGCCCGGACAAUUUACUCGACGGCGGCAGCUUGCGACGCAAACCGGGCUCAAAAAAGGGAGCAGGGGGCUCAGUGUCAAAAAAGGGCGGACAAAACGGCCUUACGGCAGCACAACUGCUGAAUGGCUUGGGUGGUGGGCUGACAGCACACGGCCAGGGCCUGGAGGGAGUGGACCAACAACAGCUGUUGGAUGCCGGUCUCAGUGCGGUGGACUCGCCGCCGCUGACGGGUCUAACAAGCCAGCCGAGUCCUUACGACACGUCGUCAAUGUAUUCGAACGCGAUGGCGGCACCAACACACCACCACAACGAUCUGCUGGGCAACAGCAACGGUGCGAAACAACCACCCAGUUAUGAAGACUGCAUAAAGAAUGCGCAGACUAUGCAAAGUUUAGUCCAACAGCAGCAACAACAACAACAGCAACAGCAAAAUAAUAUGGAUUUAAUUAAAAUGGAAAAUUACGUUUACUCACGCGGUUCGCCCUUUCAUCAGGAAAUGCUGAACCAGAAGGGCAACAAUCAGCAAAGCAUGAACACGCUUUGCGGUGGUGGUGGCGGCGUAGGCGGUGGCGGUCCUGGAAAUCUCGGCCACAGCGGCCCUGGUAACAUGGGCCAACACGAGCAGGGUCUGAGUCCGCCGUACUCGAAUCAAUCACCGCCACAUUCCGUGCAGAGCAGCAUGGCGCUGUCCCCGCACGCCUACUUGGGCUCUCCAUCGCCCGUUAAAACACAUCCCAGCCUGCCCACCUCACCCACACACAUGCAGGCGAUGCGCCAUGCGACACAUCAGAAGCAGUUCGGCAAUAAUGUCAACUCCCUGCUAGGUGGCGCUGCUAACAAUACAAAUAGCAACUCUACCAAUGGGCCACAGAGUAAUGCGUCGAUGAAUUCGCCGCAAAGCAUGAGUUUUCAAUCGCCAAGCAGUCAGAGUUUGUCGCAGCAAAAUUCUCCGGUGAGUGUUGGUAUUGUAUCGCCAACGGGUAGUGAUGGCAUGAUGAUGGCGCCACAACAAACACAGCAGCAGCAGCAACAGCAACAACAACAGCAGCUGCAACAGCAGCAGCAACAACAACAACAUCAGCAGCAGCAGCAGCAGCAACAACAGAACUCGAAGAGUAGUGCAAUAAUGCAAACAAUGCAACAACACCAACAACAGCUUGCGAGUCUCGAUUUCGGUACGGCCGGUUUGGACCUGAAUGGCUUUUGUGGAUCGCCAGAUUCCUUUCAUUCCGGCCAAAUGAAUCCACCAUCAAUACAGAGCACAAUGUCGGGCUCCUCACCCGCUACCAAUAUGCUCUCGCCAUCAUCGCAACACAAUCAGGCCUUCUAUCAGUAUCUAACACCGACGAGUCAACACUCCGGUGGCCUAACACCACAACAUCUAGUGCAAACACUCGAUAGCUAUCCAACGCCAUCACCGGAAUCACCCGGUCAUUGGUCGAGCGCAUCGCCACGUUCCACAUCCGAUUGGUCGGAGGGUGUACAAUCGCCAGCGGGUAAUAAUUUGUACAUUUCCGGUGGGCAUCAGGCUAAUAAGGGUUCGGAGGCGAUUUAUAUUUGACAAUAAGCGCAGGUGACAGUGGUUAGCGGAGGAACGACGAAUAGAUGGUGAAGCUGCUGUUGCUGCUGCUGUGCGGAAACACACUGCAUAGUGUGUGUGUGUGAGUGUGACUGUAUGCUUGUGGGUGUGAUUGCGUUGUGUAUGUUAUAUGUGUGGGUGGAAGUGUGAAUGAUUUAUGUAAACAAUUAUAGUAUCCUAAAAUUAUAGAAAUACAUACUUACAAUUAUAUAUAUGUAUGUA